AUGUCUCAUCAAUCUCAUCAUUCUGUCCAAAGCAGAUCAGGGUCUGGACACAAGAAUUUUAGUUCAUCGUCUGCUUGCUUACCAUCUAAGCACAGCCUUAGUUCUUUUACUACAAAAAACAUAUCCAUUGGCCAUAAAGCCACUACAAAUUUUGGCAGCAAAAGUGUGUAUGGUAUAGUCUCAGGUGGAAAUAAGAUGUCAGUUGGAAGAUUUGGACAUGGGUACGGAUCCAGCUUUGGUGGAUCAGGCCAUGGUUUUGGAGGAUCUGUCUGCAAUACAGGAAUUACUGCUGUUACUGUAAACCAAAGUCUUCUGACUCCAAUGAACCUAGAAAUUGAUCCAAAUAUCCAGAGAGUAAGGACCGAUGAAAAGGAUCAAAUCAAAGGACUUAAUAACAAGUUUGCAUCUUUCAUUGACAAGGUGAGGUUUCUUGAACAACAAAAUAAGAUGUUAGAAACGAAAUGGUCUUUAUUACAAGACAAAAAAACUGCCAGGUGCCAGAUUGAACCAUUGUUUGAAGCUUUUAUCAGCAAUCUCAGAAGACAACUUGAGAGUCUGACAUGUGAGAGAGCUCGGCUAGAGUCAGAAAGAAGAAAUAUGGAAGAAGCAGUGGAGGAGUUAAAGUCAAAAUAUGAAGAGGAGCUAAACAGACGCACUGCUGCAGAAAAUGAAUUUGUGAACAUUAAGAGAGAUGUUGAUGCAGCCUUUAUGAAUAAAGCAGAACUACAAGGCAGGAUGGAUUCACUAACAGAUGAGGUCAACUUCCUGAGAACCCUGUUUGAUGCGGAAAUUGCUCAGCUUCAGUCUCAGAUCUCAGACACAUCAGUCAUUGUCUCCAUGGACAACAGCCGAGACCUGGAUCUGAACAGCAUCAUUGCCGAAGUAAAGGCUCAGUAUGAGGAGAUUGCCAACAAGAGCAGAGCAGAAGCUGAGUCACUGUAUCAAACCAGGUACGAGGAACUGCGUAUAACUGCCGGCAGACAUGGCGACGAUCUACGCAACACUAAGCAUGAAAUUGCUGAACUCAAUCGUUUUAUUCAAAGACUUAAAGCAGAGAUUGAGAGUGUGAAAGAGCAGAGAGCAAAACUGGAAGCCGCCAUUACAGAGGCUGAAGAGCGUGGAGAAAUGGCUGUCAGAGAUGCCAAGAACAAACUGACUGAGCUAGAAGAAGCUCUACAGAAGGCCAAGCAAGACAUGGCUCGCCAACUGCGAGAAUACCAGGAGCUGAUGAAUGUCAAACUAGCUCUGGAUAUCGAGAUCGCCACCUACAGGAAAUUGCUAGAAGGAGAGGAAUGCAGGUUAACCGGAGAAGGAAGUGGCUCUGUUAGCAUUUCCGUUCUGCAUUCCACCAGUGGAGGCCAUGGCAGCAAUGUACAUCAUCACAAGAGUGGAUUCAGCACAGGAAGUUUGUCAGCCGGAAAAUACAAUUCAGGACACGGCCAUAACUGUUAA